GCUCAAUCAGCGGACGAGCUACAAAGGCCGUGCCAACAACCUCCCGCCCCUCCGUGUGACGUAAACAGUGCGGCGGGACGUCACGCGCUGCGUCCGUUCGUCCGUGGUGUUCAUGGCCAACCUCAGAGGACAGGGUUGAGGGGGAGGGGAAGAUUGGAAAGGAGCGGUUGGAGCUGCUAUGGCUUCCUCGAUGGUCAGAGCGACAGUCCGGGCCGUGAGCAAGAGGAAGAUUCAAGCUACCAGAGCGGCAUUGACGCUGACUCCCUCUGCUGUCAAUAAGAUAAAACAGCUACUGAAAGACAAACCUGACCAUGUAGGAGUUAAAGUUGGUGUUCGUACAAGAGGUUGUAAUGGACUUUCUUACACUCUGGAAUAUUCAAAAACAAAGGGAGAUUCUGAUGAAGAAGUAGUACAGGAUGGUGUUAGAGUGUUUAUCGAAAAGAAAGCACAGCUGACAUUGCUAGGAACUGAAAUGGACUAUAUAGAAGACAAACUGUCCAGUGAAUUUGUUUUCAAUAAUCCAAACAUCAAAGGAACCUGUGGCUGUGGAGAAAGUUUCAACAUUUGAAAUCUCAGGACUAAUUCCUUGGUUUUAACACCACAGAACUACUUUCUGGAACAAUCUUUUGGGACUUUUUCAUGUCUUUAGGCUUUGUGAAAUAUGGCUGCCUUCCAAGAAAAUUAAAGUGCUGCAUUUUCAAAUUAA